CUCUUAACUGCCCAUCAGAAUUCAAAUGGAAAGUCAUCUCAGGUAUUUUUAGCCGAAGCAGAUAAACAUUUAGCGGAUCCAGUUAUCGAUGAUCCUCGUUCAAGACAUACGAGAGUUGAAGAUGUAGAUGAUGAAGAUGAUUAUAGUAGUUGUAGUCAGACAGUUGAACAUGAUAAGAAAUACAGAGACAGUAAUG